GGGUCCUCCCCCGACCCGCGGCCCAUUCCGCGCCCGGGGGACGGUGCACUCCCAGAGGGAUCCAGGCCCACCAAAGGGGACGCCUACCGUGUCCAGCGACGCCCCCCGCCACCCCACACUCAUCCUUAACUCUUUCCUCGCCGCCGCAUACUUACGGUCGCCCGCACGGGAUCGGGCACCCCGCAGGGCCGGCCGCCGCCUCUGCUCUCGAAUUUCUGUGGGGACCCCCGAGAUCCCCUUCCUGCUCUCGCCUCCGAGUCUGGAGACACUGGAAGACGCCCCCUGCCUGGGGCGGAACCCGAGCUGCGCAGGUUACCGGCGCCCGCGGAUUCCGCGACCCCAGCGCCCCUGCGCAGUGCCCAGCUGAAGCCCGCUCUGAGGCCCAGGGGUCCCCCUCCCGUGGGGACUCCGUCUCUAUUUGGGGGGAAAGGGUGGCUCAGCGGAAGCCCCGAGUUAUAAUUAGCCCCACUCAGGUUUCCUAGUUAAUCUCCAGCAGCAGCACCACUCCAGCUCAGAGCGACAGGGGCUGGGCGAGGGGUGCCUGCCCCGAGAGGGGGCAGUUCUGACCCGGGGAAUUUUGAUCCGUUGGCUGGAGAUGCCGGAACCGCAGCAGCUGCUGCCCCAAAAUAGCGCUCCUGCCCCUGCAGCCGGAGAUCUCCGGAGCUCCCAGAACACCAGCGUCCCGGCUCGCCCUUCAGACCCCUCGGCAAUGGCCCGCAAGCCCACAGACCCCCCGCCCCAAGUUCUGGGCUCCUGGACUCGAGGCGGGGAACGUGGUCCUUUUCUUAGGCUCUACUGCCUCCCGCUGGCAGCAGCAUGCACCGCAUCAUCGGACGGAUGAGGGACUCUAACCCUGGGGGGCAAGAGCUGGAAGCCUGUUCUCUGAGGCUAGGCAAGGGCAGUGCGCAGCUGACGGGCAACUGCGGGUCCCAGCGCUGUGCGCCAGACCGUGGAUGAGGCGGGGCAGGGUGGAAGAAUGUGUGUUAAGUGGACAGGAUUGGGGGUGCCCUGGGGCCUGCAGCACCCACACCAACCCCAACCCAUCCCCGCAGGGCCCUGGCCCUGGCCAGCGCAGGAGAGUCUGCACCUUCAAGCCACCCCAAGGGCCCCCAUUGGCGCCUCCCAUCAGUGAGGGCCCCGCCCCUGUCGGGUGGCCUGUGCGUGGACUGCAGCCUCUGGUGCGGGUGCCCUCACUGCUCACUGCUCCCAUUGGGCCCAACCCUGUCCACCCAGCUGGGGGAAGAAGACUCCUUCCUGCCCUGUCAGCCAUGAGGCCCCCCUCCUGUCUUCUGAACACACCCUCCCUGGCUUCCCCACUUUUCCUCCUCCUCUUCCUCCUGGGAGGAGGGGCAGAGGCUGAGGAGGACCCAGAGCUGCUGGUGACGGUGCAUGGGGGCCGGCUGCGAGGCAUCCGCCUAAUGGCCCCUGGGGGCCCUGUCUCUGCUUUUCUGGGCAUCCCCUUCGCAGAGCCACCUGUGGGCCCCCGUCGCUUUCUUCCACCAGAGCCCAAGCGGCCCUGGCUAGGGGUGCUGGAUGCCACAGCUUUCCAAAGUGUCUGCUACCAAUACGUGGACACCUUGUACCCUGGCUUUGAGGGCACCGAGAUGUGGAACCCCAACCGUGAGCUAAGCGAGGACUGCCUCUACCUCAAUGUGUGGACACCAUACCCCCGGCCUGCCUCCCCGACCCCUGUGCUCAUCUGGAUCUAUGGGGGUGGCUUCUACAGUGGCGCCUCCUCCCUGGACGUGUAUGAUGGUCGCUUCCUGGCCCAGGCAGAAAGGACUGUGCUGGUGUCCAUGAACUACCGGGUAGGAGCCUUUGGCUUCUUGGCCCUACCGGGGAGCCGAGAAGCCCCAGGCAACAUGGGCUUACUGGAUCAGAGGCUGGCACUGCACUGGGUACAGGAGAAUGUGGCAGCCUUUGGGGGGGACCCAAUGUCAGUGACUCUGUUUGGGGAAAGCGCAGGUGCUGCUUCUGUGGGCAUGCACCUGCUGUCCCCACCCAGCCGGGGCCUGUUCCACAGGGCUGUGAUGCAGAGCGGUGCACCCAAUGGGCCUUGGGCCACAGUGGGUGUGGGAGAGGCCCGCCGCAGGGCCACGCUGCUAGCCCGCCUUGUAGGCUGUCCCCUGGGUGGCACUGGUGGCAAUGACACAGAGCUGGUGGCCUGUCUGCGGACACGGCCAGCUCAGGACCUGGUGGACCACGAAUGGCAUGUGCUGCCUCAGGAAAGUGUCUUCCGCUUCUCCUUUGUGCCUGUGGUGGAUGGAGACUUCCUCAGUGACACACCUGAGGCCCUCAUCAAUGCUGGAGACUUUCAUGGCCUGAAGGUGCUGGUAGGUGUGGUGAAGGAUGAGGGCUCCUAUUUUCUGGUGUAUGGGGCCCCAGGCUUCAGCAAAGACAACGAGUCUCUCAUCAGCCGAGCCCAGUUCCUGGCUGGGGUGCGGGUUGGGGUCCCCCAAGCAAGUGACCUGGCUGCCGAGGCUGUGGUCCUGCAUUACACAGACUGGCUGCACCCUGAGGACCCAGCGCGCUUGAGGGAGGCCAUGAGUGAUGUAGUGGGCGACCACAACGUCGUGUGCCCUGUGGCCCAGCUGGCUGGGCGACUGGCUGCCCAAGGUGCUCGGGUCUAUGCCUACAUCUUUGAACACCGUGCGUCCACGCUCUCCUGGCCCCUCUGGAUGGGGGUGCCCCACGGCUAUGAGAUCGAGUUCAUCUUUGGGCUUCCCCUGGAACCCUCACUAAACUACACUGUGGAGGAGAGAAGCUUUGCCCAGCGCUUGAUGAGAUACUGGGCCAACUUCGCCCGCACAGGGGACCCCAAUGACCCCCGGGACCCCAAAGCCCCCCAGUGGCCACCGUACACAGCGGGAGCGCAGCAGUACGUGAGCCUGAAUCUGCGGCCGCUGGAGGUGAGACGGGGACUGCGCGCUCAAGCCUGUGCCUUUUGGAACCGCUUCCUACCCAAAUUGCUCAGCGCGACCGACACGCUGGACGAGGCGGAGCGCCAGUGGAAAGCCGAGUUCCACCGCUGGAGCUCCUACAUGGUGCACUGGAAGAACCAGUUUGACCAUUACAGCAAGCAGGACCGCUGCUCAGACCUGUGACCCAGACGGGACGCCCACAUCCCCCCGCUCCGCCCAGCCCCCUAGCUGUAUAUACUAUUUAUUAAAGGGCUGGGAUAUAACA